UUGUCCAUCGAAAGCGCCGACCCGCGCAGUUGCCGGCUGCGACCAUAUCUCCAACCCAGGCACAAGUCGACUACGGCUGCCAGCCCGCCAUGCCACCUCGAAUAAACAUCCCGCCAGUCACCCGCAUCGUGCUCAUUGCACUGGGGCUGCAGUCGGUGCUGAGUGCGGCAAUCCGGUAUCGACAAUGGACGGCAAACUCAGAAAUCGUCAUCCCCUACCUCAACCUCGUCCCACAACUCUCCCUCAUCUACCCCUGGACCUUCCUCACAACAACCUUCGUCGAGAGCAACGUCUUCACCUUGUCGAUUGCCUGCCUCACCCUUUACAAUGGCGGCCGCUACCUGGAGCGUGCUUGGUCCUCGCGCGAGUUCGCCAAGUUCCUGCUCGUCACGUCCCUCGUGCCCAACACCCUCUGCUUCGGCACUUCCAUUCUAUUCUUCGCCCUCACACGAAAUGAGGCAUGGACGCUCAUGACCAUUGCGGGCACCAUCCCCCUGCAAAUCUCCUUCCUCGUCGCCUUCAGCCAGCUAGUCCCGGCGCACACCGUGACGCUCUUCAGGGGCCUGCUCUCCCUGCGCGUUCCCCGCUUCCCGCUACUCUACAUCGGGCUCGUUACCCUCCUCUGCCUCACGCCCAUGCUCACCAUCGCCUCCUUCUUCCUCGCCGUCUACGGCUUCCUCGUCAGCUGGACCUAUCUGCGCUUUUACAAGGUCGCCUUCCCAGACCUCGACACAUCCCAGCCGAACUCCCUCCGCGGCGACGCUAGCGACACCUUUGCCAUUGCCGAGUUCUUCCCCGGCCCCGUGCGGCCUCUGGUCGCGGCCAUCUCGGACCACGUGUUCGACGUGCUCGUGGCCAUGCGCCUGUGCGUGCCCUUCAGUGCCGCCGACAUCUCCGCCGCCCGCGGCGACCACAGCCACGGCUUCUCCCACCGCGGCGCUCCGGGAAGUGCCCGCGCCGAAGCGGAGAGGAGGAGGGCGCUCGCGCUCCGGGCCCUCGACCAGCGUCUGCACGCCGCCACUGCCACCGCCGCCGCCCGGGCACAAAGCGCGCCAGUCCCGCCUGCCGUGGUUCCGCCUAUCCCGUCGGCGACCGGGCCGACCGUGCAGAGCCAGCCCCAGGCUCCGCCGCCAAACGCCAUGACGGCGCAAACAGCACCUGGCAGCGGCCUGCUGGGCGAGACGCACUAUAAUCCCGAUGCGGAUGCGGAUAGGAACGGGCCCUGAGUGGGUUUGUGGCAGAUAUGAGAGAGAUGUGUCAAGCUGUUUCUGUCAAUGCGAUCUAGCACAUCCUCUGGGUUCAAAGACAGCCAACUCUCGGAGUACAGCAAGCGAGCGUAGAGCGAAUAGCGUUCUUGAAACAGAUUCAAUAAUUGCCUCCAAUAUCCGGUGGUUUGGGCGAUGAGAGCAUCACUUUCAAGUUGGGAAUUCUAGAAGUUGAUGGUAGGCUGGAGGGAAUACAUCCCUCUUAGGGGCAGUUCGAAUACCUGAUACCCGCCCGCGGGAAUGGGGCGACUUGUCAUGACGGAUGGCGAUACUUCACAGGAUCGUGAAUAAGUAUGAAGGUGCCACGAGCACUAUCAUCGUGCUGUAUAGCAAAUGUGAUAUUCUGUUGCCCUACGAGCUAUGGUUGAAUUGUGAUUUGCUAAAUACAUUGACCG